AUGAUAGGGCCCCCUGAUACUAGAAGGAGGGGUAGGCGGUGUGAAUAUCAGAAGGACCGUGGCCACGACACUGACAGCUGUUAUGCACUAAAGGACCAUUUGGAGGAGUUCGUGCAAGAUGGACGACUGGCGCAGCAUAUCCGAAAGAACAAUCCACCAAACACGAUCACCUUACGGCUGGAUUCACCCCCACUUGGCGUAAUUCACAUAAUAUACAACCUCUUAUCGCCAACCCAAGUUGUUCCAAUCAGCUACAAUCAAUUACCCCACUUUCUAACUAAAUAUGGCAUUGAGCAAAUUCGGGGCCCUCAGAAAUCAACACAGGCAUGCUAUCUUAUUACUGCUGUAAAAAAGCCAAAGGAACUGGAAGUGAACUCGAUUGAAGUACCAGAUCGAGAAAGCCUAGAGGACAUUGGGAAAACCCCCAGCGAGAAGGCAACUGAAGACCUUGAUUGGGUUGAAAUCAAUGGGGACCUUGACGAGUUCUUCAUGAUCGGCACUUCCCUGAACAAAGUUGAAAGACACGAUCUGCGUGCAUCAGCCGUUAUUGAUGAAAUUGACAGGUUGCUUGAUGUCAGGGCAAUUCGUGAAGUAACUUAUCCCACAUGGCUGUCCAAUAUCGUGGUUGUAAAGAAGAAAAAUGGCUCUUGGCACGUUUGUGUAGAUUUCACGGACUUGAAUAGGGCUUGUCCCAAGGAAUGUUUUCCUCAUCCCAAAAUUGACCAACUUGUGGAUGCAAUGGCGCAUCAUCAGUGCAUAAGCCUCUUGGACGCCUACAAGGGUUAUCACCAAAUUGCCAUGCAUCCAGAAGACCAAGAAAAGACCGCAUUCCUCACCCCAAGGGAAACCUAUUGCUACAAGGUCAUGCCGUUCGGGCUAAAGAAUGCGAGGGCAACAUACCAGAGGCUAGUUACCACUAUGUUUAAGGAACAACUCAGCCGCACCAUGGAAGUAUACAUCGAUGACAUGGUGGUGAAAUCUAAGGAAAAGCAUGCCCAUUUAGCCAACUUAUCAGAGACCUUUGGCAUUCUCUAA